UCAUUUCCCCCUCCAGUUCCCGUUCGUCCACAAACACAGCGGGAACCCUGUCUGUAGGCGCAGCCGCACCUAUACCCUAAUCCAGCGACCAAAGCAAAUGCACGAUACAGCUUUACGGAAAAGACAGCCUACCGGUGAAACUUUUUGGGGGAGAAGAGGUGGAAACACUCUGAGGGGAACGGAGGGGAGGGACCAAGUGCGUUGAUGGAGUGAGAGACUGGGUUUCUAAUGCGCAUUAUGUCCUCAACAUUCUCUAUCUGACCUUCUCUCUCGUUCUGACGGAUGAUGUAAUUGUUAUCUAGGAAGACUAUCAAGGGUGAACCCUUGACUGCUAAAAGCAGUAAUAUUUUCCAUUUUCAAUCAUCAACUACGGUGAAUCGGCUUCACGCAUCUCUCCAUCGUCUCUCCGGUCUCCUGCGGGACGGGUGGCGAGAGGGUUGGGGGUGACGGGUGUUGGAGCUUUAGUGACAGUAUAUUGCUGCAUUUCGGUGAUUUCUAACGGUGCAGUCAUGUGGCAAAGAAUUGUGAUUUGCUGCAUGCUGCUUGCGCUCUGUUCAGCGGCACCGCCUGCUCACAUCAACCGUCUGGCACUGUUCCCUGACAAGAGCGCUUGGUGCGAGGCCAAGAACAUCACACAGAUAGUUGGGCACACUGGCUGCCAACCUCGUUCCAUCCAAAACAGGGCGUGUCUGGGGCAGUGCUUCAGCUACAGCGUCCCCAACACCUUUCCCCAGUCCACGGAGUCCCUGGUGCACUGUGACUCCUGCAUGCCCGCCCAGACACAGUGGGAGGUGGUGACACUGGAGUGCCCGGGCAGUGAGGACACCCCUCGUGUGGAUAAGCUGGUGGAGCGGAUCAUCCACUGCAGCUGCCAGUCCUGCAGUAAGGAGGGGGCCCAGGAUGGGGCAGUGAUGCAGCUUUACCCAUCAGAGGGUGUCCAGGACCCACCGCCUCUCCAACCAGAGAGUCACCACACCGGCACACACCCUCAUCCCCACACAGACACACACCCUCAUCCCCACACAGACACACACCCUCAUCCCCACACAGACACACACUCUCAGCACGUUCACACAGAGCCGCGCCCGCACACACACACAUCUGACGGAGGGUAGGUCGCCCGACAGCCGCUGAUGCUCUUCCUCUCUCUCUCAUCUUCUCUUUCUCUUUAUCCGUUCCUGAUUCUUCACCCUUUCAGUAUUGUUUUCGUCACACAAUCGCAGUACUUGAUAUAAUUUUCCUUUUCUUUCGUUCAACCUAUCUUUGUUCAUUCACCACCUUCAAAGCACUUUGAAAGUAUAACUUUAUAUAAAAAUGCUUAUAAAAGCACAUGCACACAUGUUCAGUCAUGAUGUACUAUUCACAAAACGACUACAGUAUUGUACACCUGCUUAUCUACAGCAUCUUCAGUAAGUAUUCAGACCCCUUCACUUUCUCCACAUUUUGUAGAGUUAUAUACUUUAUUUGUAAUUGGUUCAUUAUUCUUUUAUGAUUAAUCUACCGGGAAUAUAACCCGUAAUGACAAAGCCAAAGUAUGUUUUUUCACAUACGAAAUUGAACUCAGAUGCAUAAUAUAUCCAUUCAUCAUCCUUGAGCUGUCUCUGCAACUUGAUUGGAAUCCACCUUGGGCAAAUUCAAUUGAUUGGAUAUAAUUUAGAAAAGGCACACAUCUGUAUAUAGAGGGUCCCACCCCUCACAGUGGAAGUUAGAGCAAAAUCCACACAAUGAAGUCCAACAAACUCAGUUUCCUCCGAGAUAAAAUAAAGCAUGGAAAGUUCACCGGAGCAUGGUGAGCUCCAUCAUGGUGAAAUAACCAGGCGAGAAGGGCCUUUGUCAGGGAGGUGACCAAGAACCCAAUGUCACCUCUAACAGAGCUUAAGUUUCUCUGCAGAGAUGGGAGGAUCUGACAAUAGAACCAUUUCUACAGCAAUGCAUCAAUCAGGCCUUUUUGUUAGAGUGGGUAAAUGGAAGCCACUCCUCAGUAAAAGGCUUAUGACAUGCCAUCUGAAGGACUCAGCAUGAGGAAAAAGAUGAUCUGGUCUGAUGAGACUAAAAUCAAGCUAUUAGGCCUCAAUGCCAAAGCAGUAUGUCUGGCAAGGUACCACCCAUCACCUGGCUAAUACCAUCCCUAUGAUGAAGCAUGGUUGUGGAACUAGGAAAAGUCCCACUACCACAUCUCAGAGGCAGGGACUAGGAAACAAUCCAGAGUACACAGGACCUCAGACUGGGAUGAAGAUUAAUCUUUCCUUAUGACAAUGAUCUGAAGCACACAGCCAAGAAAAUACUGGAGUGACUUCAACACAAGUCUCUGAAGUGUCCUUGAGUGGCCCAGCCAAAGCCCAGACUUGAACUCUAUUGAACAUUUAUGGGGAGACCUGAAGAUCACAGUUCACAGACAUUCCUCAUCCAAUCUGACAGAGUUUGAGAGGAUCUACAAAGAACAAUGGGAGAAACUCCCAAAAUCCAGUUGUGCCAAGCUGGUAAAUGAAGUAUAUAACAUAACAAAAUAUAGAAAAGUUAAGGGGUCGAAACAUUUUUCAAAAGCACUACACUAUUUUAAUUUAACUUCACUGAUUUAGGAUAACAAAUAUCACAAUACUACAUAGACAUGCAGGCAUGCAUUGGGAUUUGACUAUGGAUCUUACAAGCUAUAGUCUUUUUGUUAAUCUGUCCUGAUAGAAACUAACUAACAAACAAAUAAAUUGUAGAUCUAAAAUACAA